ACUGCUUCACCCCAUUGGCUAUGUGAUUGAACGCAUGAUAAAUGUUAGUAGCAUCUUCCAUAAAUCCGCUACCAUGCUUCAUCAGUAAACCAACCCACCACAUAGCCGAUUCACUACUCGCACGGCACAUGCACCCUCCUCUAUCUCUCUCUGCAGCAUAAGCACAGCAUCAUAGACCCUUUCUCAAAAAAUAGGGUUCCUCCGUUAGGGCUAGAGGUCACACCAUCUUACACUAUACUAACCCCUAGCCAGCCAGCGAGUUUCAGUUUGAGUGCUUGGGGGUGCAAUGGCGGGAGUGAGGGAACAGGACCAGUACAUGCCGAUAGCGAACGUGAUAAGGAUCAUGCGUCGGAUUCUGCCAGCGCACGCGAAGAUCUCAGACGACGCGAAGGAGACGAUCCAGGAGUGCGUGUCUGAGUACAUCAGUUUCAUCACGGCGGAGGCGAACGAGCGGUGCCAGCGGGAGCAGCGGAAGACGGUGACCGCAGAGGAUGUGUUGUGGGCGAUGGAGAAGCUUGGCUUUGACAACUACGCUCACCCUCUCUCUCUUUACCUUCACCGCUACCGCGAGAGUGAAGGAGAACCUGCUUCUGUCAGACGCGCUUCUUCUGCAAUGGGGAUCAAUAAUAAUAUGGUGCACCCACCUUAUAUUAAUUCUCAUGGCUUUGGAAUGUUUGAUUUUGACCCAUCAUCGCAAGGGUUUUACAGGGACGAUCAUAACGCUGCUUCUGGAUCUGGUGGUUUUGUUGCGCCUUUUGAUCCUUAUGCUAACAUCAAACGUGAUGCCCUGUGAUCAUGUAAGAACAACAACUAGUGCAUGCUGCUUUUUCACUUGGUUAGUUAUAUUCAAGCACAAGCACAUGCAGGUGCAGGUGCAACUAUUUAGCUUCAUCUACAAAUCUUUUUUCCUCUCUUCUUCUCAUGCUUUAAUUAUUUAGAGACAAUACUUGUUAUUCAUUGUUAUGCUCAAUUGCUAGCUUCUAUUCAUCGUCGACUGUCUGUAUUGUUGAUGUUCAUUACAGUAACAGAUAAGAUGGUAAUUGCUUUACUACUUCUAUCCUA